CUAUGGAGACGCGGCCUAGGCGCCGCCGCCGCAGCCUCCGCCUCUGCAGCGGCCGGUGAGGGGUUGGGGGCUGCGGGCGGUGUCCCCGGGGUGCCGUCCCCGUUCCCUCAGCCCCGUCGCCUACGGUGGGCUCCGGGAAGGAAGCAGAGAUCUGCAAAGGGGGAAGCGAAGCGGGCGCUGCGGGCCGCGGGCACGCUCUGAUCUCAUUGCCAGGCCUCGCUGGAGGAUCGCGGGCUGCCUCCUCGGCUCCCAGCCUGGAGAUGUCAGUAGACUGUCAGCAAAAAUUGGCUUCGUUUUGAUUUUCUGCUUCUGUACUUCAAAAAACACGUGGACACGGAGCCUGUGCUGAAGACGUCUUUAGGGCUUGAGCUUGAAGAUGGCAUCUUGCCUUUAUGAAUGCCUUUGUGAGGCAGAGCUCGAAAAAUAUUAUCCUCAUUUUGCUGCCUUUGGUCUGCAGAAGAUUGAUGAGCUUGCCAAGGUUUCCAUGAAAGAUUAUACCAAACUGGGGGUCCAUGACAUGAAUGAUCGCAAACGACUCUUUCAGCUCAUUAGAAUAAUCAAAAUUAUGCAAGAAGAGGAAGCUGUAAGAGACUUAAGCAAGCAGGAUUUUCAAGCAAGUGGCCUUUUCAUUCAACCUCAGGUGACCAGACCGGGUCCCCGUAGACAGCUGCGUUUUGAAUCCUUCUUUGAGGAAAACAAUGGCACAGUUAAAGAGUCUGAAUCAGAGUCAUAUGGUUCAUCUGAUUCCAAUGCCAAUGAAGAGAAGAACAGUCUUGUGGAAAUGUUGGGACACAGUCAACCACAUGAUUCAGACCUGACCAGAUUAACUGUAAGAGACAUAAAUACUGCUGGAAUACACACAAAAACUGAACUGAACUGUACAACAGUUUCUGAUGAUAUUGCUACUCUCCUGGGGGACUCUGAAACUCCCAUCAUACAGAGAGUAACUCAUAUUUCAGGGUAUAAUUAUGGACUACCUCAUUCCUAUAUCAGAUCCAGUACCUCUGAGAAAGAGACUCCAUGGACAGAGAGUGAAAAAAUCAGAGUGUGUGUCCGAAAACGUCCCUUGGGCCAAAGAGAAGAGCGACGUGGAGAGGUUAAUAUCAUCACAGUGAAAGAUAAAGAAACCCUACUUCUUCAUGAGAAGAAGGAGGCAGUGGAUCUCACCCAAUAUAUUUUACAGCAUGUUUUUUACUUUGAUGAAGUCUUUGGGGAGUCAUGUACCAAUCAAGAUGUGUAUAUGAAGACAGCUCAUCCUCUCAUUCAGCAUAUUUUUAACGGAGGCAAUGCAACCUGCUUUGCAUAUGGGCAGACGGGUGCUGGCAAGACGUACACAAUGAUAGGUACUCAGCGGAACCCAGGACUCUACGCCUUGGCUGCCAAGGACAUCUUUAGACACCUGGAGGCAUCACCAUCAAGGAAGGAUCAUCUUGUUUUGAUCAGUUUUUAUGAGAUCUACUGUGGACAGCUUUAUGACCUGCUAAAUGGAAGGAAGAGGCUUUUUGCAAGAGAAGAUAGCAAGCAUGUCGUUCAAAUAGUUGGACUGCGUGAGGUCCAGGUGGACUCCGUAGACCUACUGUUGGAGAUGAUUUUAAAGGGAGGAAAAGAACGUAGCACAGGAGCUACUGGAGUCAACUCGGAUUCCUCUCGAUCUCAUGCUAUCAUCCAAAUCCAAAUUAAAGACACAGCCAACAGGACAUUUGGAAGGAUAUCAUUCAUUGACUUGGCUGGCAGUGAAAGGGCAGCUGAUGCCAGAGACUCAGAUCGACAAACAAAAAUGGAAGGAGCAGAAAUCAACCAAAGUCUAUUAGCACUAAAGGAAUGUAUUCGAGCCUUGGAUCAGGAGCAUGCACAUACACCUUUCCGACAAAGCAAAUUAACUCAGGUCCUAAAGGAUUCUUUCAUUGGCAAUUCCAAGACCUGUAUGAUAGCCAAUGUAUCACCUAGCCACAUAGCUACAGAGCAUACCCUGAACACUUUACGAUAUGCUGACAGGGUCAAAGAAUUGAAGAAAGGGAUUAAAUGUUCUACACCUGUCACAAACAGACGUCGGACAGCUGGAAACGUGUCUCCAAAACGCGUUCAAAACUCUCCCUCUUUGCCACCUGGAGAAAAAAGUUCUCCAAAGAAGGUGAAGCUAGGUCUCCACCAUCCUUCAGGUGCUACAAAAACAAAGACAUGCCCUCCAGCACUCCAGCCACUUGGUGGCCCUUCUACCUCUACCCCCAAGGGAGUCAACAAAGGACACGCCUACAAAGGAAAUUCCAGCUCGCUGUGGUUCCAUCACACUAGUCCAAUUAAGGGAGUCCUACGGACAGGACAUCACCUGAAGAAGAAAACUGAUGAUCUGUCCUCUUGCUCUGAAAAGAACCACAUUGCAAAGGAUUUUAUCAUCCAGAAUGCUGCCACAGCAGAAACAAAAGAAAGUGUCCAAAGAGACAAGUAUAUGCAAGACAGAGCACCUGCCCAGUGCCUAAAAAUCCAGACCAUGCAACCUGUGCAGAAACAGCUUGUUUCUAGAGAUGAUUUUUCCUUUGGAGAUGGGAAUCUGCCUUCUGACAGCAGGCAAGAAUGGGGAAACACCUUUGCUAAACAGUGUGUUGAAGCCUGGACAAAUCUGUCUCCGUUUCAGAAAGAAAGGGAGGAGCAUUUGCGCCUCUAUCACCAGCAAUUUCAGCAGCCUCCUAUUCUACAGCAAAAACAGAGCUACCAACCUCUUGAGAGGUUUUUGACACAGUACAAGCCCCAGGAGAUUCAAGUGAAGCAGGAGCUAAGUCCUACUGCCACCGAAGCACAGAGCAAAGAGGGGAUGCAGCUGGAAGAUCUUGAUGACAGUGAUUUCAGUGAAGAUUCUUUCUCACCUGUCUGCAGUCAAAAGAGUGUAAAAAGAAGAAACAGCAAUAAAUGCAGUCAGCAUUCUUUUUUCCUACAUCAAAGGGAACAAGGAACUGAGGAAGAGCAAAAAGGCCAAAAGCGACAGGACUUAUUUUUUAAAUAUGCAAUGCCCUCACGAGAGCAUGAAAUAGAUGACAGCUGGGAUUGUAGUGAGGGAAGACCAGAGAUCGAGGAAUCCAUUAAAAUUACAGGUUGCAGCAAAACUCCAUCAGACUGGGGCUAUGACUUAGAUAUUGAGUCAUCUUCAAGCAAUACUGCAGAAAAACCUUACUGCUUACAAGACGAUCCUGCUUGUAACUGGAAAAACAGCAAAGACUUCCUACCUGAUCAUAAACUGUACAAAUCCAAACACAGAUGUCUGGCUUACCCCACUGAAGGCACCUUGACUCCAGAAAAGGGUCUUUCAAACCCCUACGUUUCUCCUACAUUGAAAUCAGUACCUCCAGAAUGCAAACAGAUUCUCCUCCAGCAGGAGAAAGAGGAAACCACUUUGGAUGGACAGGCUGUCGUCACAGGAGACAUUAAAUGGAAAACUCGAAAAAAUGAUGUCAACCAUUGCAGAUCUACCAGUUGUUCCUCAGAAUUCAGUUCUGAGCUAAUGGCCCCUCUCACUCUGUCUCUUCUUGACUAUGAGGAAGGAACUGAUACAGAGAAUGUUUCUUCUAAACGAGUAAAGCCUCCUCAUGUGAAACAGAUGUUGGGCAGGAACAUGCACAGCUCCCAGAUAAGGUUUGAGGAGGAGACCUGGCAAUGCACCAGGAGCAGAGCUCUAACAGACAGCAUGCUGGAGCUGAGGGAGCAAGCGCGUCGUGGUGCGAGACACUGUGUCCUGCAGCAUUCCCCACAAACAGGGGACAAGUGGCUCUCACCCACCUACUGCGGUGUGAAACCGUGCUGCUGCCUUCAGGGCUCAGGUUCAUCAAAUCAAGGAGUUCUUCACAGUUUUGUUGUUGAAAAUGACCUGACAGAAACAUCCACAGCUGAAUCCACAGAAGCCAGUGAAGAGAGAGAGGGUGCUUUGUUUCUCCAUAGCAAAAAGUGCGAAGAAUACUCAGAUGGCAGACACUGUGAUGCUGAUGUUAAUGACAACGUUGGUAGUUCAGGAAAAUCUGACUUAAAUCAAGGACCGAAUAUUAAGUCUCAGAAAAUAAACACCGAGCUAAGUGAAAAGAGCUAUUUUUCAGGUGCAUCAUGCUUUCUUACUGUGGGAAACACAGAUUAUCCAGUCCAGUCCCCCCCUCAGGAAAGCAGCCUCCUGCAGCCCACAUCAGGACUGAGAAACGAGGACUUCCCUUGUUCGAAAGACUCAGCCAAGUCAUCAUUUGGCAGCAUGGGCUCUCCAAGUGCUGCAUCUGAGGUGGGAAAACGGCAGAAGGAGGCCCUAGAAAAGGCACAACAGGCUAUGAUUCGGGCCCAUCGGCAGCAGCUGGAUGAAAUGGCAUCCUUGUGCUUCAAGGAAGAACACUUGAUAAAUCAGAUGUCAGGAACGGAUUUUCAGAAUUUCAUCAUUAAGCUAGAUGAAAUCUUGGUACUGAAGUCGAAGUGUAUCCAAACCAUGAGAGCCCAGCUUCAGCUCUAUUUAUCUGACUCUCCUAGUCCUGACACAUCCCUGCAAACGUCUCCACCAGUUUAGACCUUCCUUUCUUACCUCUGCACAAGAACAGCACAAGAACAAUUUUGGAACCAGCCAGCUCACCACACUUGGUGCUGCAGGGUGUGGGUGGGUAGGGGAUAGCUUUUGGUUUGAUGUUUGUGAUUAGUGUGUAUUUUAGAUAAAGUUGGAGAGAAUUCUUAGUAAAUGACAGAUGACUACUUGGCACCACAAGAUUUCUGUUUCCUUAAUACCAGUAAGCCAUGUCCUUAAGAAUAACCUUCAGCAGCCUUUAAAUGUCUCACCGAGCAGCAGGCAGUCCUGUCCACAGUAUUCAUAGCUUCCCUUGUGUUAGAGGCACUUCUGUGCUGCCAAGAAAAUUAGAGAGUAAGGAAAAAAAACACAACAUUUUGAAGCCAGAUACAGGUACGAAUAGAAAUGUUCAAAAGCUAUCUGGAAAAGUGUUUGCAAACAGAAGUGAGGAAACAGAGAGGAGACACUGUUUAAGUACACUGAAGUAACAAGUCCAAAAUCAAAUGAAAAUCAAGGCAGGACAAGAUGUACUGGUGCUUUCAGAAGGAUGACUAUUUGAGCAUUUGUUCUUCGCUUGGGACUAAUGCUACAGAACUUCUAGGAGAAGUCACUUAAGUCACAAGUAACAAGUGGUUGAGUAGAAAUCCUAUGUACAUGGGACUUUGUCGUGUAGGUUCAUCUAGCAUGUUACUAAGCACUUGGAUUGCACACUGGUGCUCACAGUAAGAAUCCAAAAGCUUCCUUUCUGCAAGGUGUCCGAUCUCUGCACUACAGCUCAGCCAGAGUGUGCACGGUUGAUUUUUCACAUCAGAAGAGAGUCCAGUUAUAGGCGGUGGGAUUUAAGAGGCUAACAGUGCUAUUGUUACGUGAAGCUGAUGUUUGAGUCAAGAACUACCGAGCAAACAGUUGGAGCCCUGCAAGAUCCCUGCUGCUGUGUGUGUGCAUCCUGGCUGAACCACACAAGCCCUUCUGAUGAAGCCACAAGUGACCUUGACGCACACUCAGUUUAAACAACACUGUGCAAGUGCUCCCACUCCAAAAUUUGGGCUGCCCCAGCAUACUUGGCCAUCUCAGUGUUUCCCCAGUAACGUCUGUAGUAGCUCAAAGUAUGCUCAGCAGCAUAAAUGCCAAUGGUAAGGGAACACUGCUGUCUGACCAGCUGUGGUACCACCUGCUUCUGCAGUUACCCAGAGGAGCCUGGGAUUUGCAGAGCAGCAGCUGCAGCGGUAGCAGUUACACAGUUACCUGGAUUGCAUAUUUGGUGCAAGCAUUCCCAAGAACAUCACAGCAUAGCACUGGGGAACAGAAAUGCAAAGGACGGAAUGACAACUGUAAUCGAGGAAGAAAGUCCUACAUGAGUGCCCAGAUCGUCAGGGAUCAGAGUAAAUGCGUGGAUUAGUCUCCAUCUUGCAGCUGAGAACGGAUUCCCCUGUGGAGCAGAGGAUGGAGCCCCUGCAGGGCCUGAGGUGAUGGCCUUCAAGAUAGUUCCAGGAUCCAGGUCUUAGGCCACCAGCACGGCACACCUGAAAUGGGGUCUCCCAGUCCCAUUUUAAGAAGCCUUCCUUCCUCAGAGAAAUGAGGCAUUCAGGAGCAAGAUUCUUCAGUCUCAGUGUCUCAUAUCCUCCUGGAGACAGGGUUGGCUUUCCCAUACACAAGGUGAGGAGAACACAUGGCAGCUAGGCAGUCCUUGCACCUUCUGAAAGUAAAAAUAGAUGCAAGCAACUGCAAAAGUUCCCCCAGCCCUUUCUCAGCAAACACAAAAUGAGGUAAUCACAGAGCUGCCUUACUUUUGCAAAAAAUUUUGAAGCUGAGGAAAAUGUGGGAAUGCAGGAUGUGUCACAGGUCACAAGAAAAUGAGAGGUCCUGCCAGCAACGCAGUGCUAGCAGGGUGGAAAGAGAGGGAAAGCUUUCCCUCAGUGUACUUUGACGCUUGGGACAUGAGGAUCAAUUGAGUGUACUUUAACCCAGCAGAGAACUGCUUUUUAAAGAGCAACUCAGGAAAAUCAUGUUCAGUCUCUUAGCCAAGCUGGACGUUUAUAGCACGGCACAUAAGCAAAAGCCGUUCACACAACGCAAUAGUGCCACGUCCUAACCUCCGUAUUUUCAGUGGUGGUUGUAACAAGACAGAUGAGUGCAAAAAAUUUCCACAAGAGGAGGAAAGUUGGAGUUUGCUCCAUUACCAAAAUGGAGCCGCCUGUGUGGCUGUCUACCCUGAAAAACAAGCAAGUAUGGCAAAUCCGAGCACCAGUACAAGACCUCAGAGCAGGAACUACUUGAUCCCUGUAGAAACAGCCAGGAAAGCUAAAAAAAUAUGUAGCAAUUAAAAAAGCCUUUUUAAAACUGAAGCCAUCUAGCUAACCCAUGAGAUUCAUAAUCAUAUCGAACAAGGUGCAAUCUAUUCACAGUUUAUAUUCUCUGCUGGACAUGAGACUCUACUAAAAUUAAAAAUGCAACCCUGACUGCAAAAAUUCACUUCUCUUCACAAUAGCAGGGCUGCUGACAUGCCUGAAGUGCUGCAUGCCCGGGAGACACCAGAACUGGGCUCACGGUUUGCAACAGAAACUACCAAAGCUGUUAAAGAAAGUGGCAGUGUUUCUCUCUCUGCCCAUAGGGCUGUUACCCGGAUGCUGCUUUAACUGGUGUGAGUGUGCAACCGGUGUCAGUGUCACCCCCGCUCCCGCUGUUUGAUAGUGCACUGACACCUGAUACGAAUGGUUUUCAUUUCAGCUUGAAGAACGUGUGUGAUUUCUGUUCUUGUUACAGCAGGUUUUUUGUUGUUGUUGUUGUUGUUUUUUAAGAUGUUGAAAGCCUGGCCCCGUACAAUCAAAUAAAUACCAAGUAAAGUGGAAUCACUUUUGUAUGCAAGUGCAAGAAAAACUAUUAACACUCAUGGCAGAUGCUCGAUAUUUUAUUUGAAUAAUUUACAUCAUUUAAAAUAAAAUUCAGUUUACUACA